AACCUCAUCCAUUCCCACCCAUUCCAGCUCCAAGCAGUCAACCAAAACAACAAGAUCAGAUCCAAAAGCUCCCACAAACUCCGUCGCAGCUCAUCUCCUCCAUCGAUCCAUUCACGAUCCUCUUCUCUCGGCGCGCUCCUACACCCAUGGCCACCGUCGCCGGAGGAGGAGUGCUGCAGCUGCGCGUCGCGUCCACGUCCUCGUCCUCAGCGCCGCUGCAGCGGAGACGAAAGGCACCGUCGGUAAGGUGCGGCGGCAUGCGCGGAGCGGCUACGCCGGCGAGGACAGCCGGCGGGCUGGAGGAGGACCACUACCGGACGCUGAGGCUGGCGCCGGGCGCCACCAGGCGCGAGGUCAAGAAGGCCUUCCACCGCCUCGCGCUGCAGUACCACCCGGACGUCGCGCGCCACCACGGCGACGGAGAAGACAACAGCGACCUGGACUUCCAGCGGAUCAACGUGGCGUACCAGAGGGUCAUGGCCAGCAUGCGGGAGGCGGAGGCGACGCUCGAGCACUGGCGCGCCCGCUACGGCCUCGCCGACGAGGACAUCGACCGGUACCGCCGCUACCUCCACCAGGACGACGACUGGUUCGCCGACCUCUGAAUUCUCAAGUGGCCGGCGCGUGCAGCCGUGCACCGUGCACCGUGCACGCUGUGGUUCUCGCCCUAGCAGACAGAGGCAGCGUCGCUGUAAAUUUGGUGCAAUGUCACUGUUAUUUCUCCCCUAUUUUUGUUGUGGGAGGAGGUAUGCAGAGAUUUCGUCAUUGGUUCUAACAGUUGUAAUUGGAACAGCUUGUGAAUCAUCGGAGCAAUUUUAAUUUGAAUUGUGGAUCA